UACACUCUACCCUCCCCAGACCCCACGUUGUGGGAUUUCACUGGGUUGUUGUUGUUGUUGUUGUCUUGUUGAGCAUUAAACAAAGGGUUGAGGCAUGUUUGCCAAACUAUUUAAUGCUGUAUUCAUUAAGGAAAUGCCAGACAUAGUAUUCAGCAAAUUGUCCUUUUAAGUCAAUUUUUCUGUAUACAUACAGGGGUAAUAUCCUUACACAUGAAUUCUAAAACGGACACAUGAAAGUAGUGCUAUUAGGGUGGGUUUCUUAUAAACUUAUUACUCUGCUAAGUUGUAUUGCAGAAGCUAAUUGGAGGUACACAUGAGUCUAUAUGAAAAAAAGGAGGCAUGUGAAUUUUGGAUACGGAAUGGUUAUUAGAAAAAAAAUAGAAUCUUUUACCUAGCAAUACAAAAUGGGCCCUAAUUACCUAUCUAACGAGAGAACCACGCUUUCAAAAAGGGUCAUUUGCACUUCUGUCCAUAUUUUGUGCUGGUCUUUAAUUUUUGCAUUUUUGGCUUUCAAAAUUAAACUUAUGCCUAGAAAGCAGAUAACUAAAUCUACCACGGAAGUUCUCUCCCAUGGCUUCUACAACCAGCUCUUCUCUCCACAUACAUUUUUCUAUCAUUGUAUAUUAUUCUAUGUCAUAUGUAUGCCAAUUAGUACAGUUGACAUAAGCAUUACAUAUAUGAUAUAUAUUCACAUGCACAAAAUAUACAAGAUAUAUAUAUAUGUCAUACACACAACAUAUAAUAAUAACUUGUAUGUUGUUGUAUGUCGUGUGUAUCACUCUGUGUACAGUGAUGCAUAUAAUUACUUAAAAGUAUCUAUAAAAGUGAUAUUGGGAGCCCCUUUUCUUAUGAGGGUGUAAAAUUCUCUUCUUCUUCUUCUUUUUUUUUUUUUUUUUUAAAGGAAAAAAAAGAAGACAGAGAGAUGGAAGUGCAUACCAUCUAAACCAACAAACUUGAACCGUUGACCUCCAAAAAGUCCUCUUCAAAAAGUCGUCCUCAUUUGUCAUAUAGUCAGUCGACCAAUUUUCGUGUUAGCCUCGAACUACAAUUUGGUAGGAACAAAAAUUAUUAACGUGCUCUCAACUACUAGCCAUAUAUAUUAUAUAGUUUCUCCACACCUGCAUUUCUUGCUCUUAUGACUAGUUGCUCCACACCUGCAUUUCUUUCUGUUAUAACUAGUUGUUUUUUAAAUUUAUACAUUAAAAUUGUUCUCCCAAAAAUACACUCAAACCCCAAAAAUUAAACCUUAUAACAAUUAUCAUCAAUGGAGAAAAAUCGCAGUCGAACAAUUCCUCGAUCACCUGCCAAUUCUCCUCGAUUACUAAGAAGCAAAAGUGGAAUGUCACUCCCUGAAAUUCACACAGUUGAUCCUGUUCCACCAAAACUUGUCAAUCGGUCAAAAUCAACCACGAAAUUGCGAUCAUAUAGUAGAGGAGAAGAAAAUAUUAGUCCAUUGAUGAUCAAGAAUAACAAAAAGUUUCAAGAAAAUGGAGAUCAUAAUCGUAGUUUUGCUAAAUUCCUGCAACGCGAUAAUGGAUCAUCAAGAUCAACAACAACAACAACGUGUGUUAGUACUAAUAAUUCUCGUUCUGCAUGGGCAAUGUCACCAGGACGUCCAUUGCCUAAUUCGACUGUGCCUAUAGUCCCUAAGUCUCCUAGCUCGAGGAAGUUAAAAAUGGACACGUCUAAGGACAAUGGUGGUGGUGGUCGUGGUGGUACUGUUGCUAGUGUUUUGAAGUAUUUUAAGCAGAAAAAAGUUUCACCGGUGUUAGAAGAAGAUUUUCAUCAAUAUCGUCUCAUGAAUAAUAGGUUAGUACAAUGGAGAUUUGUCAAUGCUCGUGCUGAGGCUUCUAUGGCUGCAAUCAAGAGGGUUGCACAGAAGAAGCUGUUCAAUGUAUGGUUAAGAAUCUCAAUUAUGAGAAACUUCACUGCUGAGAAGAAAAUUCAAGUCCAAAAAUUGAAGCAUGAUAUUAAAGUAAGCAGGAUAAUGAACUCUCAAGGUAAUUUGCUUAGAGAGUGGCAAAGAUUAGAGGUAAAAAAUUCUGAAGCUGUUGGAAGGGUAGCCAGGAAAUUAUCAGCAGUUUCUCUUUGUCUACCACUAGUUGAUGGAGCUGAGGCAAAAGUUACGGCGGUUUAUGAUGCCAUCAUCACAGCUGAGGAAAUCAUUGACGGUAUCCAGGAAUUUAUUAUGAAUAUGCAAUGGCAGGUUGAGCAGUCAUGUUAUUUGCUCACACAACUUAUAGUCAUUUUAAAGCAGGAGGAAGAAUUCUUGGAGGAGCUAGAAACUCAUAUAAAAACAAUUGAUUCCUUAGAGGUAGAAGAGCAAACCCUGAGAGUACAUUGUAUCCAAUUGGCUAAGGAGAUGACUAUAAGAUGGGAAGGAGCUUGAUCCUCGACGAUUUUUGUUUCUUAACACAAUUUUGAGAUCUACGUAAUAUCAUUAUAUUUUGUUCCA